GGUUGGGCGGUGGCCAGAGGCGAGGGAGGCCUAGCCCUGGGCCACCUGAGGAGCCAAUCCCAUGGCCAGGGGGACACCAUGGAUCCUGCGUACUCUCCAAAGUGCUUAAUACAGCGCUCUGCACACAGUCAGCACUCAGUAAGUACAAUCGAAUGAAUGGAUGUUACGAUCCUAGAUCACACCUUCAAGAUGUCCUCUCCCCGGAGGGGAAAACUGCCUCCACCGGGAGAAAAGUCACACCGGGUUGAAACAUCGUUGUACGUCAGCGUGGAGACAUCAUCCCAUCGCCUGGAGACAUCCUCUCACCAGGUGAGCACAUCCACCACGUCCACCCGCCACAUUGAAACGCGUCAGCAGCGCACCGAGGCCUUGUCGUCCUCCCCCGUCGGCAAACAGGUCCCUCGGGUAGAGGCAUCGUCAUCGCUCCGGGUCGAGACAUCCUCUCAGCACGUAGAGACAUCGUCCCGUCACGUCAGGGCCUCGUCGCGGAGGGUCGAGAUGACCCUGUGGCACACGGAAAGCUCCUCCGGUCAUACCCGAACGUCGUUACACCAGAACGUGAAGCCACCUCGUUGAGCUGUCUGAGCCAGACCGGGUUCCCGGCAUCCCUCAAAAAACUCAAUUGCCUCAGAACACCGUCCUAUCGGAUCGAAACAUCAAGCUGUCAGGACUGUGGAGUGCGGCAUUUUCACUAUCCUGACCACCACCCCCCAGCCCCUGCCGCAGUCCUCGUCUUUCUUGAGGAAGGAGUGUGGAAGGGAUUAACGUCCUGUGGAUUUGGAUUUGGUUUGUAAGAUGCAGAGUUGUAUCCAGGAAAAUUGGAGUGAAACCAGAAGCCAGAAUCAAUCAAUCAAUGGAGUUUAUUGAGUGCUUUCUGUGGGCAGAGCACUGAAUUUAGUGGUUGGGAGAGUAAAAUGCAAUAGAGUUUAUGAAAAUAUAUACUGUAAUAACUUCUUGUAUUUCCAAAGGACAGGUUGUCGAGGUGUUCAAUGAGGAUUUACAGGUCUUGUACUUUUAAAAGUUGAAUCGACACUGACAUCUUCCCCGUGAAUCUGUAUUAAUCUCCCUAUUUCUAUGGCAGUAAACUGAGACCCAGAGCCUAAGAUGCUUGCCCUAGGAGUCAGAAGGCCCUGGGUCCUAAUUCCGACU